AUGUCGUCCGCCUCUAAUCAGCCAGUCAACCUCGUGUUGGGCGUCGCAAACGUCGGAGACUCAUCUACUGAUCCCAUGGCACGCUACGACACACCCGACCAAGUGAACGCAUUCCUGGACGUCUUCGCUCGACGCGGGUACAAGCAGCUUGAUACCUCGCGCAUGUACUCACCCCAGGCACCCACAAGCUCGGAGCCCAGACUCGGCGCCGCCAAUGCCGGCGAGCGCUUCACCAUCGACACCAAGGUCACGUCCAGAUCGCCGGGAUGUCACACUAAGGACAAAAUUUUGAAGGAGAUUGACGAAUCUCUCAAAGCGCUGAAAAUCAAGCAGAUCAACAUUGAGUAUCUACACGUGCCCGACCGAACGACACCAUUUGAAGAAGCAUGUGAGGCCAUGAAUCAGGCGAUUGGGGAAGGCAAGAUCAAGAAAUGGGGUAUCUCAAACUACUCCGCUGCAGAGGUUCAGCGGUUUGUCGACAUCUGCCAGGAACGCGGCCUCGUCAAACCCAGUGUGUACCAGGGCCAUUACAAUCCGCUCGUGCGAGGCGGAGAGAACGAUUUGUUUCCCGUAUUGCGCAAGAAUAACAUUGCCUUCUACGGAUACAGCCCCGCCGCAGCUGGAUUUUUUGCAGGCAAUCAUAAGAAGGUUAAAGCGGGUGGGCGAUAUGAUACAUCGUGUUCUGUGACAUCCAAGAUUCCUGUGGGUAGCAUAUAUGCAAAAUUCUAUGUCAAAGAAUCCAUCAUGACGGCGACGGAGAAGGCGAUUGAUGUCGCGUCUAAGCACGGAAUCGGCGGCCAUGCUGCGGCACUUCGGUGGACGGUAUAUCACAGCAUCCUCAGCAAGGAGUACGAAGACUCGGUAAUUAUUGGAGCCUCGAGCCCGGAGCAGCUGGAGACCAAUCUCGACAUGAUCGAACAAGGACCGCUUCCAGAGGAUGUGGUGUCUGCUCUCGAGGAGUUGCACGAGCAGAUUGUCGACAAAAUCCCGUACCACAUGUAG